CCGUGUUUACAAUCAAGCAGACCUUUUCAUGGCCGAACGAAAAAUAAACAUUUUGAUUUGUUGCACUGGAAGUGUGGCUGCUUUGAAAAUUCCAGAUAUUGUAACUCGACUGAAACAAGAAAAUGCUUGGACAAAGAGAGGGGAUCCUGUCCUUCACAUUGAUUUGAGGAAGUGGGCAGAUAUAUUGGUGAUUGCACCAUUAGAUGCCAACACUCUAGCUAAAAUCUCUCAUGGAAUAUGUGAUAACCUGUUGACAUGUGUUGUAAGAGCAUGGGACUUGAAGAAACCAUUACUGUUUGCUCCGGCAAUGAAUACAUAUAUGUGGGAGCAUCCAUUGACCAGAGAGCAGACAGAUAAACUAGAAGGUUGGGGUUACAGACAGAUACCAGUUGUAGAGAAAACACUUAUUUGUGGAGAUAAAGGAGCAGGUGCAAUGGCAGAAGUUUCCACUAUAGUUGAAGUUAUCUUAGAAGAGCGCGGUAAACUCUUAGAUGAAAGAUAGCAGCUGCAAUACCUUGACCUUGUUCACAAGUUCAUCAAUGAUAGAGGUUGAAUUCUAUCUUGUCUACAGAAUUUUGCUGGAUGUGACUAGAGUGUCUUCUCCACUACAUGUGCACAACUUCUCAGUCAAUUUUAAAGGUGACUGGUCCAGUGAUGAUAAGUGCAGUGUCUAAGAACUCGAUCAGCAGGUGUUAAUUUAAAUUCACCAUGUCAUUCUAAAUGGAUAGUGUUUAUGUUAUACCACAUAUGUUAUGCCCACAUACAUAAGGGGCACAUAUAUUACAAUAUAAGCUUGCAAGAACAAUUUUUGUUUAUUCUUGGACAUAAUAUAAACAGGCAUUUGAUUUCUGACUGGAUAAGCCGUCUUAUGUUGAACUCUGAUCGGUCAAUAAGCAUAGUUUUUAAAGAUAUAUUAUGUUCAAAUAAUAUAUUUGAAAUUACUGAUAAUUGCUAUGUA